AACCGGAAGUGUGUAGCUGAUGUGUCGCUUGUAAGGUGAAAAUUUAUCCACGAGUACACUGGCUGUCCUACACAGCUGCUUAUUUUAUUCUUCAUUUAAUAUCUUUUUUACUACUAAAUUCAGUUUCAGAUGUUACCAAUACACAAAGAUGAUGCUCCUCCUUCUACAGGAUUCAGACUCAAGGCCAAAUUGUCAGGCUGGUGGAGGGCCGUCUUCUCAGAUAAAACAUCUCGGAAUCUAUUUUUGUUUCUUAUACUGAAUUUGUCAUUUGCAUUUGUUGAGUUGUUCUACGGAAUGUGGUCCAACAGUUUGGGUCUUAUAUCCGAUUCUUUCCAUAUGUUCUUUGAUUGUACUGCGUUAUUAGCUGGCCUGGUUGCUACGGUAAUAGCACGGUGGAGGAGGAGUGAACAUUAUUCAUAUGGAUUCGUACGAGCCGAGAUUCUUGCCGGGUUUAUAAAUGGACUUUUUCUUGUUUUUGUAGCAUUCUUCAUAUUUUCAGAAGCUGUAGAGAGAGCUCUAGAACCACCAGAAGUUCGACAUGAGCGUUUGUUCGCAGUGUCAGUAGCAGGAUUUAUUGUAAAUAUAGUGGGCAUUUUUGCAUUCCAGCAUGGUCAUGGACAUUCUCAUGGAGGUGACAGCAGUCAUGGACAUGGGCAUUCACAUGGUUUAGGUUUAGCUGACAAAAAUGAAGACUGCAACCAUGGUCACAGCCAUGAUCACGGUCAUGGACACAGUCAUGGACAUGGUCAUAGUCAUGGCAACAACCAUGGACACAGCCAUGGUGGGGGAGGAGGUUCUCAAGCACAGAUAAUGCAAGGUGUUUUCCUACAUAUUCUAGCAGACACUCUUGGUAGUGUUGGUGUUAUUAUAUCAUCAUUACUAAUGCAUUAUUUUGGCUGGAUGAUAGUUGAUCCGAUUUGUUCAAUGGUUAUAGCACUACUUAUCUUAUUAAGUGUAUUGCCUUUACUACGUGAUUCUGGAAGUAUUCUGAUGAUGAGGAAUCCUCCGUCUUUAGAUGGCGAAUUGCCACUUUGUUUCCAAAGAGUAAGUCAGCUUGAGGGUGUGUACAGCGUACAUGAGCCACAUUUCUGGACAUUGUGUACUGAUGUAUUUGUUGGAACGAUUAAAGUUGAAGUUGCUCCUAAUGCAGAUGCUAAAUAUAUUUUAAGUCAAACACACAACAUAUUUUAUCAGGUUGGAAUAAGGCAGCUUUAUGUACAAAUAGAUUAUGCAGCUGUUUAAACUAGGCUCAGAUGAGGAAAACUAUUUUUGUUACCUGUUCAGUUGGACUAGUGUAUUCAAGGCUAGGCUUUUUGAAAGAAUGAAUGACACUAGCCUGAAAAACAGCUUUAAGAAACUCAUACCAAUGGGUUUGGUUGUACAAUUUAUUAAAUUGGUGCCUAUUUGAAUUGUGUUACCAAUGGUUACCAAGGUUGUACCAUGGUUAUGAAGGUUAACAAAAUGUGCUAGUCACACUCUGGAUAUUUAAAGUAACAUUGAACCAAUGGUAUUGGUAUUAAAAAGAGUCAAUGGCUGUCUUGGUUCUACCAAAAUUUACUUUUACCAAUGGUUGCAUCAGUAUCGCUGGACAAAAUGUAAUGGUCAGAAGUAAACUCCAAUCUAAAUCCUGAUUAAACCUAGGUAUCCAUUUAAAUAUUUUUAUUGUAUUUCUACUGUGUGUAAUUUUUUUUUUCUAUAUUUCAUGAAUUUAGGGUUGUUUAAAAAUCAAUGGUGCUAGGUAUAAUUUUUUAAAUUUCUUUUAAAGGUUACCUUUGCAGCACAGUUUUUCUUGACCACAUCCACAUUUUUAAAGAAAACUUGGCAUACAUAACUCCUACCCAUAGAAUCUUAACCAUUGGACCAAACUUGUCUAUUGUUGAUAUAAACAUGGUAAUUAAGUAAAUAAUAUAUGUCUUCAUUACCAUUUCAUGAUUUUUCUCAACAUACAAAUAUUCAUAUUCUACUAUUUAUGUACUUAUUUACCUUGAAUACUCUCAAUUAAGUCCCCAAUUUUAACUAUUCAGAAAAGCAAAGAAAUUAUGGACUGCUACAACACCCGAGUUGGCAACGGUUGUUCACCGUGCAGUACCUUUUUUUUUUUGCUCACUUUAUUCUACCAGCUUUAAACCAUUUAAAUGUCACAAUAUUACAAUGUACUGUAAUGUACAGCAGUAAGUUCUCCAUACUUAUUAUAUACUGAUUUUAUGAGAAUAUCUAAUUUCCUGCCAUGCAUCUUAUGUCCUGUCCACACUAUCAAAUUUUAUUUGAUAAAAAACUUGUACCAUACCUAAAUAUGGUUGUGAUGACAUCACAUCAUGACCAUAUAAAGGCACAUCAUACAACAGUUUUUUGUCAAAGAAAAUCAGGGUUUUAGUAUGUUUAUGGUACUUAUGACAUAAUGAGUUCUCAUUCCCACUGGCAGUGCUAUGAGGCAAGGGGAUAUUCCCCCCCCCCCAAAAAAAAAAAG